UGGGAGAUCACUAGCAUGGCGCCCUGAGGUGGCAACUUGCUUUAUUUGCAGCUUAUCUUUUUUUUUCGUUAUCGCUGAAACUCUGCGAUUUUACUUUUUCUCUUGCGUGCAAAUUCCGCACUUUAGGUUAGAAAAAAAACGUCAAAGGUGCAACGUCUUUGUUGUUUGUGAUAAGAUAGCAGAUGAAACGGGAGACUUCGGAAGAAACAGAGUCGCUCGGGCGUGACGCAAAGAAGAGCAGGCCAUCUGCGCUGAUCAUCGGGAUCUCUCGAGCGAUUUCCGCAUGCCAGAGAUGUAGAAAGAAGAAGAUCAAGUGUGAUCAGAACUUCCCUAACUGCUUGAGAUGCAAGAAGGCUGGCGUUGAAUGUGUAGGGUUAGACCCGGCCACGGGGCGGGAGGUGCCCCGUUCGUACGUGACGCAUUUGGAGGACAGGAUAGCGCUGUUGGAAGGGUUGCUUCGUAAGAAUGGCGUGGAGAUGGAUGACUCCCUAGAGAAUGAAUCAGGAAAUUUGAAAAUAUUACCAGAGACUAGGGAUCUUGAAAUAGAUGGAGAGUCGUCGAAUUCAGCAGCAAUACCCUCGAUAUCAAUGUCGGGAGUCCUGGUUCCUGAGGGGGGCCCAGUACCGAGAGAGGACGAAUCCAAAGAAGAAACGUCAUAUUCUGAAAACAACAUGCACAAUAUCAUGGAGGGAGUAACCAACGUUACCAGAAGAUCAGGCUCCAAGGCACCCCCUGGAUAUCUCAACACAUCCGAUGGGAUAUCGUUUGCCAAACUCAUGUUUGCAGCCGUCAAGGUGAACCAGAAAAAUUCAAGACAAUCGACCGCGCCACCAGUUCCACAAAUCAAACGAGAACCAGGAGAUGAAGAACGGGUGAAUGUCCAGAGUAUGCUGCAGGACAUCUCUUCUUCAACUGGACCUUCUAGGACGCCCGGCCCAUCCUUAGCAUCACUUUCAAUAGACCCUUCAGUUUACCUCAAACAUGAUGUCUUACCAGCAAUCUUACCGCCGAAAAAGACGGCUCAGGAGUUUAUCAAGAUAUUUUUCGCCCAGUCCAACUCUCAACUCCCGAUUCUUCACCGUGAAGAGUUUGUACGGACGUGCUUUGUGCCCAUUUAUGGAACCUUGGACGCGGGGAUCUCACUUGCAUCCAACUACACCGCCAUCAACACCGACCAAUGCCGGGGCAAGGAGGAAACAGACCCCUCCACCACCUGGUUCUCCAAGUACAAGCAAGAGUUCCAAGCAUACAUCCAAGAACAUCCAGAGGAAAAGAUCGACCCGGUGAAGAUCUCCAACAAUAUCACUCCUCCAGCAAAGUUCCAUCGAGCGCUUUACUUCCUAAACAUUGUGUUUGCCAUUCUGUCCUCUGUACACCAUUUACAGUACCCAGCCACGAUCCUGGACUCGUUCAAGGCCGCUGCGGUGAAGUAUAUCGAGCCCGUAUACUCACUGUCGGACCAAUUGGAGUCACUCCAGGGGAUUCUUCUUCUUGCCUUGUACAGUAUCAUGAGACCGGCCGUUCCCGGAGUAUGGUAUGUGUUAGGGUCUGCGCUAAGAUUGGUGGUUGACUUGGGGUUGCACAGUGAAAAUGACACCGGUAGAACUAACGGUGGCACGUCUACACAGACCAACUUUGACUCAUUCACUCGUGACAAGAGAAGAAGACUUUUCUGGUGUACUUACUCGUUGGAUAGACAAAUUUGUUUCUAUUUGGGAAGACCAGUGGGGAUCCCCGAGGAGAGUAUUCGUGUGCCCUUCCCACUGGAACUUGACGAUGCCUUGAUCAUCCCACACGACGACUCAACACCCGACUAUCUGCAAAACUCGAGUGGGAUGCCAACUUAUAAAGUGAUAUCAUUAUCAUUUUUCAGAAUUAGACAGAUCCAAUCUGAAGUACAGAAAAUCUUGUAUGAAAACUCUGAACUCCCACGUAAAUACAACAAUUUAGAGGAUUGGAAGCUUCAAAUUGGAGAGAAAUUGGCGUAUUGGAAGAAUCAAGCACCAAAGACUCAACGUAAGAUGAAUUGUGACUUCAAUCUUGAGUUUUUCAACCUCAAUUAUAACCACACGUUGAUCAUGUUGCAUGGGAUAUCCCCGAAAAAUUACAUACUCUCAGUGCAAGAUUUCCACCGAGUUUCCGAGGCCCUGAAGGAGCUCAUUCAUUGUUACCAUCAGCUAUAUCUCAGCAAGAGUAUCAAUUACACAUGGGCAGCGGUGCACAACUUGUUCAUGGCGGGGUCACUGUACUUGUACACGGUGUACAACAGCCACGAUGUUCGAGAACGGAACAGUUUCUACGAGGUGAAGAAGGUCACGCAAGAGGGGAUCACUGUGUUGAAGUCCUUACUGGACCGAUGUGACGCGGCCAAUCAUUGUCGAGAGAUCUUUGAAGUGUUAACCGCUGCCAUUCUUAAAAUCAGAUACAAUGAAACAGUGCAAGGAUUAACCAAUGCCAUCCCUAGCACUCAACAGAUUGCCAGACUGCAACCGGCUGGACAUGUGAAUCUGAAUUUACAACAAUUGGUGGAAAACUUAUCAAAUGGUGAGACUUCGAGGUCACAUCAAAGUUCUCCACAGCAGAAUUCUAACCAACAAAGUUUGGGCAAUUCUCCACAACAAAAUUCACAACGAGUUCAACAAAAUUAUCCAACUCAUUCAGCUCCAUCUGUUCAACAUAAAUUCCGUCUUAAUCCGUUUGGUUCACCCAAUGGGUUAAAUGGAUUUAAUAUGGCGAGCACUGCCAGUGUUGAGUCACAAAAUAGCAUUGCUCCGGGUACUUCUGUUCCCACGGAGCCCGCUGGUGGACCUACACAGUCACCAUCGACUUUUGAAUGGAUCACCGACCGCUCAUUGCAAACCACCACAGACGCCAUUGGCCGCCAGCCAACUCAAUACGAUUUGGAUAUCUUCUUUGGCGAGCUAGACAACCUUUCUUCAUGGGAUAACACAUCCAUGGGGUCCAAGAGAUCAAGUGUUUCUGAAAACGUUCUGACAGACAAUUCGAAUUCAAAUUCGAACCAAUCAGCCUUGAGUCACUCCAACGACAUCUACCAUCCAUCCGAGACCCCAGAGUCUUCUUCUUCCCAUAAGUACACGUCUUCCCAAAGAAGCAGUGCUAGUGGAGGUGCCACUGGCGGUUCCUCACACGAAGAUGGUCGUACAGUGCCGCCUACCGAGGCGAUCCGUAUCUACGAGCUUAUCCAUCAAAUGCCCACCGAAUCAAUCUGGGACCAAUUUUUCACGGCUCCAUUGAACAAUAACACUACAUUUCCAAACUAGUCAACUAAUCUUUAUUAUAUUAUUUA